AUCAACAUUUCAAACCAACAAUUGUAUUUUCAUAAGUUGGAUAAUUGACUACAGCACCACUUCCAAUGUUAUAAUUUUCAUAUACAAUAUUAUGUUGCUUACCUGCUAGAAAAGAUAGUUAUCUCCAGCCAUUUACAGCUCGUUACUAAUUAACAGUAGUUAACUCGUUAUGUUUGUAGCCUACGUGUCGGAGUUCAAGAGUCUCGAUCACUUGCUUAGACUGCAAAGAGUACAACGUGUUCUGGUUUAAGACAAGCGAAUCGCGAAAAUGGAGUUUGACAAAAUCAUAUACGAUCCUAGCCAAGUCAAUGGUAGUUUAAGUGCUAUGGACGCCAAGCCAAAAGGCUCGGCAUCCCUGGCCGCCAUAGUCUCUGCGUUUGUCCCCACAUGGGUAACGGGCCUCAUCUUUGUUGCAAUAUUCAUCGUCAUUCGGCAUUGGUAUCCCAAUAUCUAUGCUCCCCGAACCUUCAUCGAAAGCAUACCGGAGAAGGACCGGACUCCUUCUGCUGGUCAGUCGUAUUUCAAUUGGAUCCAUACCAUGCGCAAGGUUCCGGAUAAGUUCAUCUUAUAUCACCAGUCUCUGGAUGCGUAUCUCUAUCUCCGUUUCCUGCGAAUAAUUAUCUUCAUCUGCUUCGUUGGUUGUUGUCUCACGUGGCCUAUUCUCAUGCCGGUGAACGCGACCGGUGGUGGUUCCUCAACCGAACUGGAUAAGGUUAGCAUUGGGAACGUCAAGAAAAGGGGACAUCUAUACGCCCACGCAAUAAUUGCUUGCGUAUUUUUCAGCUUCGUUAUGUUUACAGUUGCCCGCGAGCGACUUUGGCUCAUUGGCCUCCGUCAAGCCUGGACUCUGUCGAAGCCUGUUGCGAACCGCCUUUCUUCACGCACCGUUCUCUUCCUAUCAGCCCCAAGAGAUGCACUCGACGAAGAGAAUAUGCAUCGGUACUUUGGAGAUGGAGCUUUGCGCCUUUGGCCAGCGACUAAAGUCGACACGCUAGAGCAUCUAGUCUCGAAACGUAAAUCAAAAAUCGAGCAGCUUGAGGCUGCGGAGAUGACUCUAAUUCGGAAGGCCAACCAUGAAGGUAGAAAACGAAUUAAAUCACAUGCACAGAAUGAGCACCAGCAAUACGAUAAUCUUGAAGAUUUGGUUAAGAAAUCAAUAAGACCGCGACAUAAACCGGACGUAUCGCCACUAAAUGAGAAAGUCGAUAGUAUCGAGUGGUUACGUGAGAAGAUAAAAGAGGAGGAAGCAAGCAUCGAGGAUGCGCGCAAUUCAUAUGAAAUUGGUGAGACUAACGGAUCAGCUUCAGUAUUCGUCGAGUUUAAGACAUGUGCGGAGGCUCAGCGGGCCUGUCAGCAAGUCGCGUCCAGCAACCUGUUAGCCCUUGGUCCCAGGUAUACUGGUGUUUCGCCCCAAGAAGUCAUAUGGAAUAACCUUACUAUACCGCCUGCUCGCCGUAUCUCCGGAGAGGGGACUGCUAUGGCUAUUGUUAUAGCUCUAAUAGUUUUCUGGUCUAUUCCGAGUGGUAUCAUCGGCUUAAUCUCUAACAUCAGCUAUCUUGCGGAUAAUGUCGAAUGGUUGAGCUUCUUGAAGGAUUUACCAGAACCAGUCAUCGGUCUGCUAUCUGGCUUGAUACCACCAUUGGCGACGAGUUGGCUAAGCAAGCUAGUGCCUAGCAUAUUUAGAUACAUAUUCAAAUCAACUGGUAGCCCUACCAAUACUGCUGCUGAACUAAAGGUCCAAAGAUGGUACUACAUCUUCCAAGUGACACAAGUAUUUCUUGUCACUGCAGUUUUCUCCGGGGCGGCACCCGUGGCUGCACAGCUUUUGGAAAGGGCCCAAGAUCCCACCUCGAUCCCCGAACUGCUAGCGAGGCAGCUUCCAAAGGCGUCAAACUUCUACCUGACUUACUUUAUUGUCCAGGGCACUACCUCCGCUGCUGAUAACUUACUUAACUACUCGGAUCUGCUAAGUUAUCUUUUCUAUGACUAUUUCUUCGAUAAAACUCCGCGCCAGAAAUUUAACCGAUAUACAAGUAUGAAAGGGAUCGCAUGGGGCAAGCUGUAUCCAAAAUUCGCCAACUUUGCAAUCAUCGCAAUUGCAUACUCGUGUAUCGCGCCAUUAGUACUAGGUUUCGCGGCUGUCGGACUAGCCCUGUAUUACUUCUCCUACCGCUACAACCUCCUCUUCGUCAUCCAGCCGAAGAUAGAUACCAAAGGCCAGGCUUAUACACUCGCAUUGCAGCACCUUCUCACGGGUGUCUAUAUAGCCGAGUUGUCCUUAUUAGGUCUUUUCGGCUUGAGAAGAGCAACUGGUCCAUCUAUUAUAACUGGUUUCUUGUUUAUCGCGACGAUACUUUAUAACGUGCUAACUAACAAGUACCUCGCGCCGCUUGAACAGUUCCUACCGGCCGACUUAGCUACGCUGACCGAGAGAGACGACGAAUCCACACCGCUAUUAGCCACCGCAGAAGAAGGGCAGGCACACUCAACAUCCCGGAUUCAGCGUCUAGGACAACAGGCAAAUGUUCCGAAGACCAUCGCGCAGCGCAUUCUAGACCCAAUAGCACAUUUUUUGGAACCGCAAGUUUUCGCCUCAUACCAGGCCAUGAGAACAUGGCUGCAAGAUGGAGACUUAUCCAAUGGCGAAGAGAACGUCCCGGAGUACACAGAAGAGCAAGUCCAGAAAGCAUAUUUAAAUCCGGCCCUCACAAGUCCAACGCCUUUGAUCUGGAUCGCAAGAGAUCCGAUGGGCGUUAGCCAGAACGAGAUUACGGAAAACGAGAAACAUGGUCUAAAGGCUAGCGAUCAGGGCGCCUGGCUUAAUGAGAGGGGUAAACUUAGAUGGAGCGUUGAGGAGUUUGAGGAGGUGCCAAUCUGGAAGAGGGAUGUGACGUAUUGAGAAAAUAAGUCAUUUUAUCCUACAAAUAGAUUGUUUACAUCCUAAUGAGGAUGUUAAAUUGUUCGCAGAGCUACCUAGGUAAGGUAUGAUUGCCCGUUUCCUUAGAAUCAGAAAUUUUAUAUUGUUUAAGAGCGGAUAAUUAUGAUUAUGUCAGCACCCCCUUUUUUAUGUGAGGUACUUAGGUACUUAGGUACGUGGGUAAG